AUGCUUUCAAGGCCAUGUUUUAAUUGGAGAGGUGUCAAUUAUCGGGAUAGAGAGGAACCUCCUGUGAAUGAGGGCGACCAUACACGUUUUGUCGCCCGCGUAGUGGUACGACCGUUGUCCAAGUUCAGAAGUACCAAGGAGCUCGCGAUGGUGUUCCGGGACGCUGUCGAAGGCCACCAACAGGCACUGGAGCGCGGGGGUCUUCUCCAGAAGGAUAUCAGUAACGGCAGCAUCCUCAUCGUCGAGGAGCCACAACAGGAUCUCUCCUCCAAGGGGGUCCUGCACGACUACGACUUCGACCCGAUGAUGCUCGGUAAACCUGAAGAGGUCUCCAAGUCAGCGUCUUCGGAGCAGUCACCCCUUCAUUCGCCCGAGCUUGCAAACGUGCUCCGAGCUGCUGCAAUCGAGUUGGCGACACGCAGAGAGCGUAUGAGAACGCCGCACUUUUUGGCGCUCGACUUAUUGAAGCCCCAUGUCAAUGGCAAACCGGUGCCGGCGCCCGUUCACGAAUCCCACCACUGCCUCGAAUCAUUCUUCUGGGUGUUCCUUUGGAUCGUCCUCCGCUGCACCGACCAACAGGACGGAAACGGGAAAAUGGUGUACGAGUAUACCUUCAAGGAUUACUUCGAAAAAUCCGCGAAGAUGGCGCGGAUAGGGUGGCUCUGCCGCACGAACGACUGCGAGAACGAAGCGGUUCUCGACAUUCACAACAACCGGCCUCUCACCGGCCUCCUACACUACUUCCACACAUUGGUGUGCGACUCGCGGCCGAAAAGGCCUUUCGAGGGCCCCCGUGUCCCGCUUACCUACAGCGCCGUCCUCCAUCUAUUCGACAGCGCUAUCAAGCAGGAGAACUGGCCACGAUACGACAAGGCGCUCGUAUUCGACGGGCCCGACAUGCGGACGACGUUCAAAUUAUCCGACUUCUGGCGAUGCCCCGACAGUGACCAUGGGGGGAGCAAGAAGCGGCCCCGCGAUGACGACGGCGUCGAGAGCGACUCUGACACCGAGUCGUGGGAGGCUCGCCGGAAGCGUCGAAGGGCACUCGGAAUGAUUCCCGCUAUAAAACCUCCCAAGUUUGGCUGGCCCGGGUGGAAACUCGGAGCAUAG